UGUUUGUGUGUGAUCGGUAAAGAUAAGGAUGGUCGUGAGAUAACCGAACGUCGAAUGAAAGACCGAGACUGUAAAUGCCAGCCGGGAGAACGUGGUAAAGGCUGUCCUGUGAAAGGUGCUUAA